CCGUCCGGGGGCGCGGGGGGCGCGGCUGAGCCGCUCUCCCCGACGCUGGGAAGGCAGCGGCGCAGGCGGAGCGGAGCGGUGCGGGGCUCGCUGCUCCUCUCUCCCUGUCGCCGCCACAAGCCAGCGGCCGCGGCCAUGGGCGUCCCGGGCCGCCCGCUUUGUGCCGCCGCCCCGCCGCCGCCCGCCGCCCCGGCCCGCCGUUGCUGAGCCGCAUGGGCCGGGCCCCGCGCCGCCGCCGCCGCUGCUCCGUGCGGCCAAACUCACUCAUUCACCCUGGAGCUACAAAUAUUGGUGACUUGAGAUUUGACCUCAUUCUCCACUAUUCCUGCGCAAGCAAGGACCAGAAAAAUGAAUAUCCAGGGGAAAGGCUUCCCCUUGGACCUUGGAGGAAGCUUUACUGAAGAUGCUCCAAGGCCACCGGUUCCUGGUGAGGAGGGGGAACUCGUGUCCACGGAUCCAAGGCCAGUUAGCCAUGGUUUCUACUCUGGUAAAAGCGACGUGGUUAGAAAUGAGACGUCCACAGCAACACCAAGGCGCUCUGAUUUGGAUUUGGGGUACGAGCCUGAAGGGAGUGCUUCACCAACUCCACCCUACCUGAAGUGGGCCGAGUCGCUGCACUCCUUGCUGGAUGAUCAAGACGGUAUCAACCUCUUCAGGACUUUCCUGAAACAGGAGGACUGUGCGGAUCUCCUGGACUUCUGGUUUGCCUGCAGCGGCUUCAGGAAGCUGGAGCUGUGCACGUCUAAUGAGGAAAAAAGACUCAAGCUGGCAAAAGCUAUUUACAAAAAAUACAUCCUCGACAACAAUGGCAUUGUGUCCCGGCAGAUCAAACCAGCCACAAAAAGCUUCAUCAAAGACUGCGUCAUGAAACUGCAGAUUGACCCUGACAUGUUUGACCAGGCCCAAACAGAGAUUCAGUGCAUGAUAGAAGACAAUACCUACCCUUUGUUCCUUAAGUCAGAUAUUUAUUUGGAAUACACAAGGACAGGUGGGGAAAGUCCAAAAAUUUAUAGCGAUCCAAGCUCAGGGUCUGGGACAGGUAAAGGGCUACCUGGUUAUCUGCCAACUCUGAAUGAGGAUGAGGAGUGGAAAUGUGACCAAGACGCCGAGCCUGAGGCCAGCAGGGACUCAGCGCCUUCCAGCAGGCUCACCCAGAAGCUGCUUCUGGAGACGGCCACCCAGCGCGCCGCCUCAGCUCUACGAUACAGUGAGGGGAGGGAGUUCAGGCAUGGGUCGUGGAGGGAGCCUGUUAACCCUUACUAUGUCAACACAGGCUACGCUUUGGCACCAGCAACCAGUGCCAACGAUAGCGAGCAGCAGAGCAUGUCCAGUGAUGCCGAUACAAUGUCGCUGACGGACAGCAGCGUAGAUGGGAUCCCACCGUACAGACUCCGAAAGCAGCAUCGCAGAGAGAUGCAAGAAAGUGCCAAAGCAAAUGGACGUGUGCCACUACCUCACAUUCCUCGUACAUACCGAAUGCCAAAGGAUAUCCAUGUUGAACCAGAGAAGUUUGCUGCAGAACUGAUCAAUCGUUUGGAGGAAGUACAAAAGGAACGUGAAGCAGAGGAGAAAUUAGAGGAGCGCCUUAAACGUGUUCGAGCGGAAGAAGAAGGUGAGGAUGCAGAUAUCUCUUCUGGUCCCUCAGUCAUUAGCCACAAGAUGCCUUCCGCCCAAGCCUUUCAUCACUUCGCUCCUCGUUACUCUGAGAUGGGCUGUGCUGGGAUGCAGAUGAGAGACGCCCACGAAGAAAACCCAGAAAGCAUCCUUGAUGAACAUGUACAGCGUGUCAUGAAAACACCAGGCUGCCAGUCUCCAGGACCUGGCCGCCACUCUCCUAAGCCACGGUCCCCGGAAAGCGGCCACUUAGGAAAGCUGUCAGGGACACUAGGAACAAUUCCUCCAGGGCAUGGCAAGCACACAACAAAAUCAGGAAUGAAACUGGAUGCAGCUAACUUAUACCACCAUAAACAUAUCUACCACCACAUCCAUCACCAUAGUGUGAUGAAACCAAAAGAGCAGAUCGAGGCCGAGGCCACGCAACGAGUGCAGAACAGCUUUACUUGGAAUGUAGAUUCACAUAACUAUGCAACAAAAUCACGAAACUACACUGAAAACUUGGGCAUGGCCCCUGUCCCCAUGGACUCUUUAGGCUACAGUGGGAAAGCAAGUCUGCUCUCAAAAAGAAAUGUUAAGAAGACCGAUUCAGGGAAAAGUGAUGGUGCCAGCUAUGAGAUGCCAGGAUCUCCUGAAGAUGUGGAGAGAAACCAGAAGAUCCUUCAGUGGAUCAUAGAAGGAGAGAAGGAGAUCAGCAGGCAUAAGAAAACAAACCAUGGCUCUUCAGGUGCUAAGAAGCAGCUGCCCCACGAUAUGGUCCGACCCCUCUCCAUUGAGCGACCUGUUGCUGUGCAUCCGUGGGUCAGUGCACAGCUCCGGAACGUCGUCCAGCCUUCUCACCCCUUCAUCCAAGAUCCUACCAUGCCACCCAAUCCAGCCCCCAACCCUCUCACCCAGCUGGAAGAAGCUCGCAGGAGGUUGGAGGAGGAGGAAAAAAGGGCUGGAAAACUCCCCCUUAAGCAAAGGUUGAAGCCCCAGAAGAGACCAGGCAGUGGCGCGUCCCAGCCAUGCGAGAACAUCGUGGUCGCUUACUACUUCUGCGGAGAGCCGAUCCCUUACCGCACCCUUGUCAAAGGGCGUGUCGUGACACUGGGACAGUUCAAGGAGCUGCUGACCAAGAAAGGGAACUACAGGUAUUACUUUAAGAAAGUGAGUGACGAGUUCGACUGUGGUGUGGUCUUUGAGGAGGUGCGGGAGGAUGACACCAUCCUGCCCAUCUUCGAAGAGAAGAUCAUCGGGAAGGUGGAAAAGAUUGACUAAGCUCCAGGGCUGCUGAGGCAUGAGGACAGGACUGUGAAAGACUCUGGGACCUGAGGAGAGGGCUUGGGGCAAACGCUGGUGGUGCUACUGCAAGCCUGGAGUGGAGGGUGACAGCCUGCUCUGGCACAGACCUGAGCAAGCUCCAGGUUGCUGGUGGACGACCUUUCACCCCACGAACCUGCCAGUGGGAGCCUGGGCUCCCUCUCCAUACCGAAUAUAAGUGUAAUGUAGCAUUGUACAGUGCAUUAGAAAGUGUAAUAUGACCUUGUUUACUAAAGCUGCAUAUUUUUGAUAUAUUGUAAUAAAAGGAAAAUAUUUCCAAUGUCACAGUGCUCUUAUGUAAAUGUAAAACAUACAGGUACUGCAGAACUCGCCCAAAGUGUACAGCCAUCUGCCAGACUCCGUCUGCUCCUCGCUUUCAUGGCACCCUGCCCUGGUCCCCCCCCCGGCGUGGAUGGCUUCGGAGCGCUACGGGGCAUGGAAGGGGUGGCUCCACUCCAGAGGGACUGCGGUCCCAGCUCACCUCUGAAGAUUACUGAGCCAUUUGGAAUGAGUCAGGCUCUCACCUCCCUGGCAGUCUCAGCUGCUGGACAUGGUAGGAUGUUGGGGUUUUUUUUUUUCCUCCUGAGCUUUCUUGUGACCGAGUAAAUCCCCAAGGGAUAGAAGGGUUGGUGCCAGCUCUCGGGGGUGGGGACUUCCUACAGUGCGAGGACCGGCUCGGAGCUGGGGCAGAGGGCUGGGUGCUGGCAUCCCACAGCCCACAUGCUCAUCCCUUACCCCAAGUGCCCCCAGAGAAGGGUUUGCUCACCAGGAGGGUGCUGCAGUUCUGCAGAGGGCUGGCACCCAUGUGCCUGGAACAGACAUGCCCAGGCCCCUGAUGCCAAGCUCCAGCUUUGGUCAGGGGACACUUUAGGAGAAACAUUAUAGGGGAGGGAACUGAUUAGACACUAAAGCUGAGGACAAAAAAUUAUUUUUUAUGAGUCCUGGGUCUUUUGUCAACUUCUGUGUCUCAAGGGAGGCAGUAUGAGGGCACUGCAGCCCACUGCCAAGAGCAAGGCAGGUUGUUGACGCCAGUUUGUGGGGCUCGUGUAGGGCCAGGUUACGCAGCGAGGCAGCCGGCACCCUGGGAAGCCUCCUGGGCUUACUCGGAUGCAAGAAAGCCGGGGGCUGCACCAGUGGCCCCCCCACCUUGUCCCCUGCCCUGUCUCUGUGCCGGCUCUGGCUCCUUCAGAGACCAGCCCUUGCCCACCCCCAGAAAUUGGGGUGGACCCCAAAGCUGGGGGGCUUCCACAGUGGCACUCACCCUGCCCAGCACUGCUCUUGGCCGCAGCAGCAUGUUAGAACUGCUGAGUACCCUGUGCACCAGGAUGCAACUCAGCCUGUUGUAUAUGUCACUGAGUGCCUUUAAAACACCGUUUUGUGACUUGCCUAUACAUUACGUGAAGUCCAGCAAAAUCUGCAAUUGUUUUCAGCCUGGGAACAGUGUUACGAGCAUUUUUCGUCCCUGUUUUUUUAAAUUCUGAUGGUGUUGUGUCUGGUGAGGUUGUUAACAUGCCCAGGAUUGCCAUCUCCCCCGUUUUUUUCCUCAGGGGGGGUCCCUGUAAAUAUGUAAAGCGGGUGAGCAGCCCCGGCAACAUCUCUGCAUUCUCAUGUGCUGACUUGUACAAUGAUCUUUUCAAAGUUACUUGGAUAAAAUGAAAUAAAACCCCACGUCCCAUCG